AUGAACCUGGUGGAGAGGCCCUCGUUUCAUUUCCAGUCCAACGGGGUGGGCCACCACCACCAUUUGAGCUCUGGAGAGAUCGACAGCGCGGAAAUGAUUCGGGAGUCCAACUACAGCAUGUCAACCGAAGCGCAACUGGACUCCAAUGUUCCUAGAAGUGUCAUGUUGCCGUCGGCCGACAAGGAAACACACCAGAACAGCCCAGACUGCAAUGGCAGCGGUGCCGAGAAGCACGCCAAAACAUGGAUGACACUGGAGAAGACACGAUGUGCGGCUAACGGCCCCCUCAUCGAGCCAGCGACCACGAAACGGACCGAAGAACAGGAUGAGCGACCGGGGCAGCCAGGAGCUUCCCCUUCAGAGGACAAAGCCAACGGCUUACAUAGGGUCAAUGGCCGCAAGAAGGUCAAAGUCAUUGACCUGAGUGACACCAAGAUAUCUCCGGCAGGGGAUGAGGCCGUGACGGCUCCAUUCGAAUAUAUCAACUCUGCCCAAUCGAAAGGUGUCCGAGAUAAGCUAGUACAGGCGUUGAACAUCUGGGUUGAGGCGCCUCCUCAGGCGGUCGCCAACGUCACGGCGGUGGUGGGGGACUUGCACAACAUCUCGCUCAUGCUUGAUGAUGUCCAGGACAACUCUCCAAUGCGGCGAGCCAGACCGGCGACGCAGUGCGUGUUUGGCGCGCCGCAGACGACCAACUCGGCCAUCUACCACAUGGUUGACGGUCCUCCCAGCAGCCGCUUGCAACUUCCACACCCUUCCUUCAACCGCUGCUUCUUACUAAUCAAGAGACGUGAAGACGAAUUGAAGCGCCUUCUGGUCGGACAGUCCUACGAUCUGAACUGGACGCACCUUGUAGCGGUGCCCACUAUCGAGGACUACUUGCGCAUGGUUGAUGGGAAAACCGGUGGCCUUUUCCGAAUGUUAUCGAGGUUCAUGAUUGCACAGUCCACGUCAUCAGCCAGACCUGCAUCACUAGACAGACUCAUGAUUCUCUUUGGGCGGUUUUUCCAGAUCCGCGACGACUACGCGAACCUCAUGUCUGACCAGUACGCCAAGACAAAGGGCUUCGCUGAGGAUCUCGACGAGGGCAAGUACAGCUUCGUGCUUAUCCACGCACUGCACCACGCGGCCUCUACAGUGCGAGAGCAGCUACACAAUCUUCUGAUGCAGCGCCGAGUCGCGGGGAACAUGGUUAACAACCAGAAGGAGUUCAUAAUUCGGCUGCUACAUGAGGCUGGAUCGAUGAGCUUCACCGCCCAGGCUCUCAGGGACUUGCGCGAGGAUCUGGAGGAGGAGAUUCGCAGUAUCGAAUCGGCUACUGGCAGGCAGAAUCCUGCCAUGCAAAAGAUACUUAGCUCGCUCCAUAUUGAUACUGUAUGA